AUGGAACCAGUAAGUGCUCAGAAAAAUUCUACGUGCCAGGAGAUAGAUCUACCUUUUACGCAUAAAUUUCUGCCUUCUGUGUACAUUGUGGUAUUUCUUAUUGGAGUUUUCGCCAAUUUCUGGGGAUUAAAAUCUGUCUGUACCAACUGGAAGGCGCUUGGGAACAUAAACAUAUUCAUCCUGAACCUCGGUAUUGCAGACCUUUUAUAUGUUUUCACUUUGCCUUUUCUGGUUGUUUAUUAUGCGGCGGACAGCAAGUGGCUUUUUGGGCAGGUCUUCUGCAAAAUCACAAGAUUCUGCUUUAAUUUGAACCUCUAUGGCAGCAUAGGCUUCCUCACCUGUAUCAGCAUAUACAGAUACCUUGGUAUCGUCCAUCCGAUGAAGGUUAUGGGAAAAAUAAAUAGCACGGUCUCUGCGGUUAUAACCGUUUUAGUGUGGACCUUGGUUUUCAUUCAGAUUCUUCCAGACAUGUUCUUUGACAAGUCUGCACCAAAUUCCUCAGAUUCGUGCUACGAUACAACAAGCAACCAGUGGAUCAAAGAUUACCUGUCGUACAGUUUAGGGUGGACUUUUACUGGAUUUGUUAUCCCUUUGCUAAUAAUUCUGGGAUGCUACGGCCACAUCGCCUUUGUACUUGCCACCAAAGCUAACAUCAAUGUUUUGCUUAAACAACGCUGUUUGAAACUGGUUUUGAUGCUGACCGUUUUAUUCGCCAUUUGCUUCAUUCCUUAUCAUGUGCUUAGAAAUUUGAAUUUAAAGACAAGAAUUUUGAAAAUGGAGGGAACGUGCCAUGCGAGUUUUGACGACAUCUACAUCGCUCACCAAGUGUCCCGCGGACUUGUGUGUAUGAACAGUGCCAUCAAUCCUUUGAUAUAUUUGGUCGGGAAUGACAACUUUCUCUUGCGACUACACAGCUUUUCCCAACGAGCCAGGACGUCUCUUGUUCACAUUACGGGUAGAGUCAUCUACCGAAGAGCACAAGAGGCGCACUCUACGGACAGUCCUCGUGAAGAACGUUCGUCUGGGCUGGAGAGAUUUCAGCUGUGUGCGUGA